GUUCAGUGUGCUGUUUGGAGUUGGAUUCUGCAACUACCCACCAUCAUCAAAAAUAGCAACGCAGUACUAGAUUAUUGUUUUAUGUUUUCUCCGGCGUGCUUCGUGUGAUUUCCUCAAACAUGUCCAAAAAACAAAAGCUAUCGAACGUGAACGCCGCGCUCACGGCGGAUUCCAUCAAGGCGCGUACCGAAUCGUUGGAAUCGAAUUUCCGCUGGUUGGAGUACGAUGACAAUUCGACACCUAAGCCUCCGAUCGAUCCGGAUACUUGGCUCGAAAUCGGUCCGCGGUUGCAGACGAUCGAACAGGAAAACAAAUUCUGCGACGAAAAGUUGCUGCGGGAGGUGCUGCAGUUGCGUUCAUCGCUGGACGAUCGGGACCAGGAGCAGGUGCGAUGGGCCCGCAACCGAUCGAAUCCCUUCGAGGUUAAAGCCGGACAGUUCAUGACCCGAGCGGCGGUUAAGAUUGCGAACGUGGAUGCCAUGUUCGGGUGGCAGCUGUGCCAGCGCGAUGGGAAGGCAGCGGAGGAAGAUCUGAUGUACUUUGUUGAUGUUUUUGGCGGACCGGGCGGAUGCAGCGAAUAUGUGCUGUGGCGGAACGACAGCUGGAACGCCAAAGGGUUCGGAUUCAGCACGAAGGGCGAUUACGAGUUUCAUCCGGAGAUGUUUCGAAUGGGGGCUCCGGAGAGUUUCGAUCCGUUCUACGGGGGAAACGACGAUGGAAAUAUCUUCGAUCCGGACAAUAUUGCGGCAUUCGUGGAGUACGUGAAGGCGCAAACGGACCGGCUGGGAGCGCACCUGAUCAUGUGCGAUGGAGGGUUCUUCGUGAAGAACAACUGCCAGGAGAUUAUUUCGAAGCAGCUGUACUUGUGUUUGGUGCUGCUGGCGGUGGCGGUGAUCCGACCGGGUGGAAACGCCAUUCUGAAGGUGUUUGAUCUGUACACGCCGUUCAGUGUCGGCUUGGUCUACAUUCUGACCAAAUCGUACGGAAAGGUGUCGAUCGUGAAGCCAGCUUCCAGUCGGCCGGCCAACUCGGAGCGGUAUCUUGUUUGCCAGAAUCGGUUGAACCGGGAGUCGCUGUUCGCAAGGUAUCUGAUCUCGAUCAAUCAGGUCCUGUGGGAGAACAAGCACUGCGAUCACGACAUCAUCCACCUGGUGGCCCCGAAGACUAUGGAAGAAGACACCGAUUUCUUUAACUUUAUUCGAAAUUCCAACGAGGACUUGGCCCGCCGACAGAUCCAGGGCUUGAAGGGCUUGAUCGACAACGUUCGAGGAGGCGGUGUUCGUCAAUUGGAUAACCGGAUGGACCGACAGUUGGUUCAGGAAACGCUGUGGCGUCAGUGGAAGUUGGACCACAAAACGCGCCUCUCGCCAACGGAUGGAUUCGCCAAAUGUGCGCCGGAUUACGCGUUGGAAUGUGUGGGCAAGGCCAGCGUGGAAAUGUUCGGAACGGUCGAUACGGCGCUGUGUGGCAAGCGAUCGUUGAGCAAGUCGUUCGGGAAUCCAAACGAUUGGUUCUUCAUGCCGGUGGAUGUAACGGCCGACCAGGGCAAGAGUAUCCGGACGGUGUUUCUCAGCAAAGGUAACGGAAAUGUCUUCUAUUAUGAUCGAGAAAGAUCCGGAUGGACGCAAAUCAAGGAGUUCCAGAUAGUUCUGUCGCCCCGGACGGUUCUGUACGGAGAAAUUGUGGAGGAAAUUUCCGCCAAGGAUAAAAAGCAGAAAAUCGUGCACGCGUUGCACAUCAUCGACGCCAUCCUUCUGGGCGGUCUGGAAGUUCGUGGCCUACCGCUCGACAAACGGAAUAUCCUCUGUAGCAAGUUCGCCAAAGCCAUGAACAGACCAUUGGCCCACCAGAAUGCUUCCGCUGUUCGGCCGGUCCCGGUUCGGUGUAAAACUUUGCUUCCGAUGCUGGAAUUGGAUAGCUUCUUCAGCAACGUCUCGAUCCACGAGCUGAUCAACGGUGCCAAAGUGCUCGGGAGCGAUUUGGACCGUUUCGACGGGGCGGAAAGUAAGCGGUUUUACAUUCCCCGAGGGUUGCUUUUUGUGCGGAGUGUCCAGAUCGGUUCGAAGGGGACGGAGAAGCAACUGGAUUUUGGUAGGGCUUUCGCCAGCCGGAUCCUGUGGGCCUGGAGCAAAACGAGCCAGAUCUACUCGUCGGCGCAGCGGUUCGAGGCGCCCAAAGAGCCGAACCUGGUCUACCGGCAGGAUUUCGACGAAUUUAUUGAGAAAUGCGCCGAUAAGAAGUGAGUGACGGGAAGUGGCGCUAGCUGUAAAGGUAGUUUCGAAGGCAAACUACGUAGUACGUAGUUCUUGAAUUUGGAUUUCGCGGUAUGUAUUAUGAUUUUGUUGUUCAAUACAUGUUCUCAAUGUUAAUGUGCUCUACUUGACAUGAAAUAAAUGCUAUUGUACCCGA